UAGAUCUCGUGGACAACUCCGAUCUCGUCGCCUUUCUCUGACGUUAAUUUUUGUUUUUUAUUAUUCAUUUUGUCUCUUCACUGAUGUGGAUCCGCUGCAGUUAGCCGAUAAGUGCAGGCUUAUAGAUUGUGGAGUUUCAUGGUAGAAUUCCAUCAUGUUGAAGCGUGGAUACAAACCAGCGCCAUGGACUGGCGCUCUCAAUUGCCGGGUCUCUGUUUUUCUCAUGUUUCUUACAUUAAUGCUGGUUUUCUUUUUAGUAUUUCAUAAUGAUAGUGAUGGUGCCAAUCCCAGUUUAGCUUAUGAACGUCCUAAUAAAAAAGAGAAUAGCUUUGACUCGUUGGUGCAUUUGCAUCCUACAAAAGAGUUCCGGAAUGGAACUGAUUUGAUAUGGCAAGUGCCAGAAUCACCUAAAGGUGUUCUCUUUCUGGCUCAUGGAUGCGAUGGCAGGGCCCUCAACUUUUGGGAUAAGUCCCCUGAAUGCCCUGAUUGCAUUGGUUUACCUGAAGAAAGGUUGCUCGUACUCCAUGGCCUUGCCCAAGGUUUUGCUGUUAUUACAAUUUCAAGUGCUCAGAGAUGUUGGACUUUUGGCAAAGAGGUGUUGGUUGUUAAAGACAUUAUAGAAUGGUGGACUGGUAGAAGGAAGCUUGAGAAGCUUCCCCUUGUGGCUUUGGGUGCUUCUUCUGGAGGGUAUUUUGUUUCAGUGCUUGCCACUGCUAUGAAGUUUAGUAGUAUCGUGAUCAUGAUUGCGGAGGGGAUGUUUGAGCAAAUUGAUAUUAGAGGGGACUACCCACCUACCCUUUUUGUUCACAUGCCCAAAGAUCUUUACAGGCAGCAGAAAAUUGAUGAGUAUGUAGAGGUUCUAAAAGAUAGAAGGAUUGAUGUUGGUGUUGUUGAAUGUAUGGAAUUCCCGUUGUCACCCAAUACUUUAGCCGAUAGAAUUCCAGGGCUUGAUCUGCCUCUUUCUAGAAAGAUAUUCGAGUUAUUUCAGGAAAAGGGCUUUAUUGAUAAAAAUGGUUACAUGAAGAAAGAUGGGCGUAAAAUCAAAUGGAAAAAGGCUCUCGAGGAGAAGAAAACUCUUGUGCUGGAUAAUAAUCUGGUCUCUCAUGUCCAAGAGGAGCUAAACCUUGCAUUUGCUUACCAUGAGAUGACUAGCUUGCAUUCUGACCAAAUUUUUAAAUGGUUUGAAUCUCACAGGAGCUGAUCAAAACUUUCCUGCACUGAAACCACUUGAAUAUGAUGUACCUAUCCUUCUUCUCAAUUUCUUUUUCUGAAAUUCAAUCAGAGAUCCAUUGACUUCAUGUAGAAACUGUUACAGUGGUUUCUUAUCAGAUACCAAGUCUCAAGGGCUGAACUUUCUUAAUGGGUGUGGGACAUGUGAAAGGUAUGACUCUGAACCUUUUCACCAAUCCCUUUGCGCUUUAGCAAGCAGUAUGCUGAAUGUUAUCCUAGAUUUGGUUAAAAUUGUAAUAUUUCUACCAUUUUUCUUGAGAUUUGAGGCACCAAUCCUGGUUUAAUCUUUGAAAUUUGAAUACUCUAGUGGAGUUGCGUUUUA